AUGUCCCAAAGGGACGCCGAUAAAUUUGAGAUACUAAUUUCCAACAAUGGAACAGUAUCAACAAAACCAAGAAGAGUUCCUACAAAACAACCUCAAGAUCGUAAUCCAACAUUUGGAAGAAGCUCUUCAAGAGUUCGAAACAGUAUAGUACCUGAACAUAAUCCAUUUGCUCCUGGUUUGUCCAGGCGACACACCUCAGCAGAAUCCCGAAAGCCGUUACCGAAACCCGCGAGUAUACCAGCAAGAAUACCUUCCGGUUCAGGUGAGCAAUUAAGUCUUAAACGUUCGGAAACGCUUAGUCCUCCACGUCAUGUAAGAAAGCCUUCUACAAGAACAUGCGGAGCAUGUGACCAAACAAUUGCUAGUCAAUAUGUCCGAGCUCUUGGAAAUGUCUUUCAUUUGGAGUGCUUUAAGUGCUAUGACUGUGGUACUAUGGUUGCAUCCAAGUUUUUCCCAAUCAAUGCCCCGAGCCCUUCAGGCCAAGUUCCUUUGUGUGAAACAGACUACUUUCGACGACUGGACCUUUUAUGUGCAAAUUGUGGAAUGGCUCUUCGAGGUUAUUAUAUCACAGCACUCAACAAAAAGUACCAUAUCGAACAUUUUACUUGUACUUUGUGUAACACUAUUUUUGGUCCCAAUGACUCAUACUAUGAACAUGAAGGUGAAGUGUACUGUCAUUACCAUUACUCCACUCUUUUUGCGGCUCACUGCUACGGUUGUGACGGACCCAUUUUGAAACAAUUUGUCGAAAUCUAUAGAAAUGGUGCUUUCCAAAAUUGGCAUGUUCCUUGUCACAUGAUCUACAAAUUUUGGAAUGUCAAACUUUCUCAAAAGACUUUUGAAUCGAAAAAUUCUGGUAAGCACUUAUCUCACACACAACUGCGGAAGCGCGAGAAAAAUUUGGAACAAAAAAUAUUCCAUAUUUGGCAUGCUCUUUCCUGUUUUGAGGAGUACACGGCUUCUUGCAUUAGCGACAUGUUGCUAAAUGUGUCAAACGGAGCUUUCAAGCAAAGUGUCCUAUGUGCUCAAAAGUUCAUUCGUUAUAUAGAAAUCCUUUUCAAAGGGAUUGAUUCAUUGGAAACUGCCCUUGCUACUUUUCAUGCUAAAAGUAUGCCUUAUAUCCGAGAAGCCAAGUUAUUGUGCAAAAAGUUGGUCUCUAUUUUUGCCUUGUUGGCUAAAUGCCAUAAUUCUGAUAUUCGAGAUGUUUCUGUAGUGCAGGAUUUCCUUUCUCUCUUUACUGGCCUUGCACACUAUUUGAAACUUUUAAUUAGGAUAUCUUUAACUGGUGGAUUACGUUUAGAACAAGAACACUCUUGUGCGCAUGCCCUUCCAAGAUUUUUGUUAAUCAUGGAGGAAUCAAAGUUCGUUGACAAAGGAAAUUAUGACGAAUCUAGCCUUGAUAUAUUUUUGCAUCUGGCUAAUGCGAACUCUGAUCUUUGUUACGUUUGUCACACAGCUCUUGAGGAAGAUUGCAUUCUGGUUGGCGACAAGCACUUCCAUAUCGGUUGCUUAUCAUGUGCUAAAUGCGGAUACACAAAUCGCGACAACUACGAUUGGGCUCGAUGGAAUUAUGAAUUAAACCAAAUUGAAUGCUAUCUUUGCUAUACUGAUUCCAGUGCUCCGAAUUCUUAUGAUGAGCAACCCGUAUUUCAAUAUGUCAGUCGCCUGUCCCAAUAUACUUAUUUGCUUCAAAUUGCUUUGAUUCGCUUAUAUGCAAUACUCAAAAUCCACAACGCUCAAGUACCCAAUGCGCCUCCUAUCGGAAAUGAUAGACUACCAUCUUAUCGUCUUGCUCCUGAGAAAAACCUUACAAGUACGGAAGCAGAUAACUUCAAAAAGUAUGCCAAUACAUUGAAUGAUCUGCGUCGGCUCAAGUCUUCUCGAAGUCUUAAAGGCAUAUCCGCGGAUGCUAAAGCCAUAUUUAAUUCAGGUGAGUCCGACUUUCAGGCUAACAGUGAAGAUCCUCUCGUUUAUAACGAAAGUAAGCCAAAUCCAGUUAGUGAAUCUGAGAGACCUGCAAAUGAAGGCGUUGGCGGUAGGAUUCAGACCAACUUAGAUAGAGGAAUGGAUGCAUUUGAUGAGAACCGAGCAUUCACUUUGGAUGAUAUUCCCAAGGUCAUCGCGGAACAAAGAAACCGUGAGCAUCGUCCCAAUGCAUUCAGGCAUAUGCCAAGUUACACUGAUUCUUCGGUCAGAAAAAACACUCGCUACAACGCCGGUACUAGCGGUCAACAAACUAUUAAAACACCAUCUGUAGAAACCCCCGCUCGGUAUUUGUCAGAACUCAAUAGCCUGGAGCAAUUGUUUGUUCGUCAUGUUACUGUGUUAAUUUUAUAUCCACUCGUUCGGGACUAUUAUUCGUUAGAGGAUCUUAUGGAAAUGAGCGACUUACGAAAGGGUGGCUUUUGGGAGAAGUUUGGUAAAGCUUUUAAAGGAAAAGACAAUGAUAAAAAGAGCAUAAAAAAGAAGGGAACAUUUAGUGUACCAUUAGAAGUGUUGGUUGAACGAAGAAAUGCUUAUUUUGGAGAUCUUGGAAGUAAACAAACUCCAACGUUUAUUGAUAAUACCAUUGCGGCUAUGAAGAAGAAAGAUAUGUCUGUUGUAGGCGUUUUUAGAAAGAAUGGUAAUAUUCGCCGAUUGAAAGAGCUUUCAGAUUUGUUAGAUAUAUCACCAGAAAGCAUCAAUUACGAAGAGGAAUCCCCAAUUCAACUUGCUGCAUUAUUAAAGAAGUUUUUAAGAGAACUUCCUGAUCCUUUGCUUACUUUUAAGUUAUUUGGAUUAUUCAUCACGUCUUCUAAACUGGAAUCGGAAGAAGAACGUCUCCGAGUUUUACAUCUGACGAUAUGUCUAUUACCAAAAGGACACCGUGACACAAUGGAGGUUAUCUUUGGAUUUUUGUUCUGGGUUGCAUCUUUUUCCCACAUCGAUGAUGAAGUGGGAAGUAAGAUGGAUAUACACAAUCUUGCUACAGUCAUUACUCCGAAUAUACUAUAUUCAAAAAGCAAUGAUCCAGUCGAUGAAAGCUUCCUGGCUAUUGAAGCUGUUCAUUCACUGAUUGAGAAUUUUGAAAAGUUCUGUGAGGUUCCAACAGAAAUUAGUAUAUUAUUAGACGACCCGGCUCUGUUUUAUAACAAUGCUGCGUGGACAUCGAAAGAGUUAGCCAAACGCUGUGAAGAUAUACUUACACAAAUGAGCGUGAGUGACCAUAUAUCUCCAAAACAAGUUCCAUCUACGAAGCGCAGGAAGCAACCUAUACGUAAAGUUACUACUAGUUUAACAUCUGAGUUUCCUUCAGGACCCGAAGUAGCCGAAUCGACUGCUUCAUCUGCUACUACAGAUAGGAAUGAUUUACUUGAACGUAGUAUUGCUCAGAAUCCAGGUUUGAAACCUCAGCAGGCCAUUAUAAAAGAAACCUGA